AUGAUUAUUCACUCUGUGGUGGAGGAAAACUCCGUAUUGUCACUACCAGGGUAGAUGGAAAACUCUGAACUUCGAGAUUUUCCCUCGCCGAGCUUUAUUGCUUUGAAAAAUAGAACAUAUUUUUGGCACUUAAGCUGAAAGUGGGAGUUGGUAUGUGUUUGAUGGUUGCAGCUACUUUACUCUUAAUUACAAAUGGAGUACUUUCGGCGCCUGCAACAACAACAGAAGAUGCUACAGAGCUUCCAACUGAUGAAGACACAACAAAAUUCUUGGAUAAAUUCAAAUCUGUUACUACUAAUAUCAAACGCUAUUUUGGAGUUUUUAUGAAUAAAAUGGAUUCUGACCUGUGGAUGUCCGUAGGCAUAGUAUUCGCAUCUGUGUUUAUUCUCUGCUGUGUUAUUUAUUUGGUUAUAUCGAGUGUUAAUUGUAUUUACAAAUGUUUGAGUUGUUAAAUAAAUUAUACAUACAGUUUUUAAAAAA